AUGUGGAGUCGUGUUCUGGAAGCAGUCAAGCGAGACGGUUUCGAUCUCAAGUUCAUUGAGGUAGCUGGACCAGAUCACGUCGUGCCCACGCGUGUAUACGAGCAGUUUGGAUGGGAUUUCGACAUCUACAGAACCAUCUUGAGCAAUGCAGGAAGAGAGUUUGAUCUUCUUCAGCCUAGAGGGCAGCUCGAGAGAAUGCGUGGAUAUGGGUUCUGGGAGGACGUCAUCGACUUUACCAAAGCCACGAACCCGAUAACCGACAAUACAAACUCGGAGCACGAGAUAGCCGAGGAGAGAGCCAUUGACCGCAAGUCUCGCUUCACGCUACUCUUACCUCCAUCGACUGUUGGGGCAACUGAGCAGCCACAUGAAAAGGAUGAUCGCGUCGAGGACGCGGACAAAGAACUAGUCACAGUCACCGACAAUCUCUCUGGAACACACAUAUCAGCAGAUGGUUCUGAUGCAUACGAGAAGGUGGUACACGGUAGCGACAUCGUUCCCGAGGGACGGAAAAUCAAAGUCUGCCAACGGAUUGGGGACUCGGAAACCUGGGUUCGCUUCGUUCCAGCGGAUGCCCCGCCCUUGAUAUUCAGCUCAACCAGGAUUCGGCGUAUUCUGGAAGGAGGCUUUCUGCAGGAUGGGAAUCUGGGGGGAACCAGUUGGACGCGAAGCAUGCUGGAGGAUGAGGCCAUUGAUAGUGUCAAGGAGAUGGUCCUGCAUCCGGAGGUGCUGGCAAGGAUUAUGCUCCAACGACAUGGAAUUGAAAGGCUUGAUGAAGCUUGA